AUGCGCGAAAUCCCGCUGAAAGACGCCGACUUCGACCUGGACAUAUCCGGAAUCGGUGGGUUCUUCGGUGACGAGGAAUCUUUUGCGGCGAUGUCCAGUGUGCAUCUUGUACGAGGGCGAAGAUGGUUCGGCUGGUAUAACUCUCCAGGGAGCUACUUCGUCGCCAAGCGGUAUGGGUUGCUAGCCCGCUCGCGGAUCUGGGACGGCCUGUAUCCCGGUCCAAACAUAGACCCGACCAGUAUGUUGGAAUUAGACGGAAAGGAGGGUCCUCGUUAUGUUGGAGCACAUUCCGGUACUCGCAUCCAAAAGACAGGCCAUCUUUCGUAUCUCCUCUCGAGUUACUGCAGUGACUUGGAGGUUGACUAUUCAGCGGCGCCGCCACAAACCUCCGACGUCUAUAUCACAGUUGUUCACCUGAACGAGUUCGCAAAGUUCCCAGGAUAUCCUGUGAUUCCUAAAGAUGGCUUAUCGCCCUUCGACCCUGCAUGCAUCAUCCCUAUCGUGGCCAGCUUUGCUGCUGCUGUCGCCUGUGCAGUAUUCGGAGAUUGGUUCUGCUUCUCGACAAUUGUCCUUGGAUGCUUCUGUAACGGAAUCUCGUGUAUCGUGAUUGGUUCUGGAAAGCUCAAAAUUGUGCAACCUAACUCUUCUCCAAACUCUCCUCCAGGAGAUGGCAUCCUCUUUAACACAAGUGGCCGGGUUGUGCUUUUGAAAGGGAGCGAACAGGUGGUCAGCAGCAUCACCAGGGGCCGAUUCAACUUGCAAUACAAAAGCGAAACAAGAUACCAUGACAUCGGACUCGUCUCUCUUGCUCUCACUUUCCAAUUCCUUCUCCAACUCUUCAUCGUCCCUCAGGGUGAACUCUUUGGGCAAAUCAUGUUUCUUUCCACAUUCGCCGUCUCGUGGCUCUACAAUGCAUAUCUCGCCUCGGUUGACCGUGAAGAUCUGCAAAAGAGGAUAUUGGUCAACAACCUCCUUCAGAAGCCAGUUGUGCGGACAGUUCGCCUUCCUAAAUGGACUGCACUCGUCACUUUCUCUGCUCUUGUCCUGCAAGCUGGCAAGAACACACGAUCCAUCCUCGACGAGAUGAUCCCCACAGAUACCCAUGUCUGGAGAAUCGUCAAGGACACGAUCGUUAAAUCAAUUCAGAGGAACCAAAGUCCUCAGGAUGUUUUACCCGAACAAAAUCUUGAAGGGUUAGAUGAGAAAGAGUUGGGACUUCUAAGAGACAUGCUUGAACAAGCUGCCAUUGGUUUAGACUCGGCUAGGAAAGAAUUGGAGUCUGUUGAGGGGGUGAAAGACGAAAAGCAUUCUGGAUCAGGGCACAUGGUUUAA